UCCAAAAUGGUAUCUUUAAAGUACAUCUUGCUGCUCCUUGCCGUGUUUUAUUUCCUGGAUGAUGCUGCGGCGGUCACCUGUGAUGUGGCACCCACGGAUGCCUCCUGCAUCGACUGUCGAGUGUAUCCCACCCAUAUUGAGUGCCUGCAGAGGAUCCAUUGGGCUCAAACAACAACUGCUGCCCCGAUAACAACGGUCACCACCAAAAGAUCACGCAUCGGCAGAAUUCGCAACUUCUUUAGCACUUUCAUCACACGAAUGAGAAGUAAAAGUUGGUUUUAAAUAUACA